AUGGCUCCAACUAAAAGAAACAUUUCUCAAAUUAUAGAAGAUGAUACAAAUGACCAGAUUGUUUCUGGUCAAAAGAAAACAUUCAAAAAGAACGAUUAUAGCCAAGGAAAAGAUUCAGGCUCAGAUACAGACAACUCUGAAAACGAAGAAGAGGAAGAGGACGAAGAAACCACACACAAGUCUAAAAAUGUUUCAGGAUCCACUGCAGCAUAUGACAUCCAUGUAGCUAGAGAAACUGCUGAAUUGUUUCAAUCCAAUAUCUUCAAAUUGCAAAUAGAUGAAUUGGUAGAACAAGUGAAACUAAAUGAUAAACAUGUAUUGAAAGUUGAAAAAUUCUUACAUAGAUUUUAUGAUUUAAUCCAACAAAUUCCAGAUUGGGAAGAAAAAAAUAUUACAGAAACACUUUCUUAUUUUAAAGGAAAAUCCGUUUCUAUACCAUUUGUUGAUCCAAAACCAGCCGUAGCUUCUACUAAUUAUAAAUUCAAUUACAAAGCACCAGAAGUAUCUUUGAUUGGGUCAUUUGCCUUAAAGACAGGUAUAUAUCAACCGCAAGGUUCUUCUAUUGAUGUAUUAUUGACGAUGCCAAAGGAACUGUUCGAAAAGAAAGAUUUCUUGAACCUUAGAUGUUUACACAAGAGAAGCGUUUAUCUUGCAUAUUUCACAUACCAUUUAAAAGAUUUAUUAGCAAAGGAUAAACUAGACGAAUUUUUAACUAUUGAAUAUUCAUAUCUUCAUGAUGAUCCUUUACUUCCUAUAUUAACCUUAAAAUGUAAAGCUAGUGAUGAAUAUAAACAUGAAUUAAAUUUCUACAAAACCAAAUUCUCCAUUAAUUUAAUCAUUGGUUUCCCAUACAAAAUCUUCGAAUCUAAGAAAUUAUUACCAAAUAAAAACUGUAUUAGAAUUGCCAAGGAAGAUAAUGAUACUCCACUGCCAGCAACAUCACUUUAUAACUAUUCUGUGCUUUCUGCAUCUGCAUAUGAAUCAUAUUUGAAAUAUCUCUAUAAAUGUAAGAAACAAACCGAAGCAUUCAGAGAGGCAUCAAUUCUUGGAAGGCUAUGGUUGCAACAAAGAGGUUUCUCGUCCAAAAUUUCACAAUCUGGUGGUCUUGGUGGGUUCGGUACUUUUGAAUUUUCUAUUUUAAUGACUGUAUUACUGAAUGGUGGUGGUGAAAACGGAAAUAAAAUUCUUUUACACGGUUUCUCCUCUUAUCAGUUAUUUAAAGGUGUGAUAAAAUACUUAGCCACUAUGGACAUUUGUACAGAAGGUCAUUUACAAUUCCAUUCUGACAUCACAUAUACUGCAGCUGUAUCAAAAUAUGUCAGAGAAGGGUUCCAAACACCAACCAUUUUUGAUAAAUCUACAAAGAUUAACAUCCUUUCCAAAUUAUCUGUCAGUAACUAUAAUAUUCUGAAAUUUUAUGCGAAGGAAACAUUGUCCAUGCUGAACGAUGUAGUCCAGGAUCGUUUCUCCAACAUAUUUUUAACUAAUAUCGGUAGAUCUGAUCAACUAAAAUACGAUUUAUGUUACGAUUUGAAGUUCCCAACAAAUGGUAGCGCCGAAUCUGAUAUAAUAUCUAAAUUUACUGCUACUGAAAGAAUUAAAUACAUUACAAUUGAAAACUUUUUAGUACACAAGAUUAUAAGUGUGAUUAAAUAUGCAUUGAGUGACAGAAUAACAAAUUUAGAAGUACAAUUAGUAGGUCAUAGAUCCACAUUUGCUACAAACAAAAGGAAACCUCUUAUUACUAUGUCUCCUGGUUCUCAAUUCAAUUUUGAUCACAUCAGAAUUAAACUACUAAUAAAUCAAGAGGAAUCUGAAAAGUUAAUCACAAAAGGUCCAUUACAUUCAGAACAAGCAUCACAUGCUUCUGUUCUAUUUAAAAGUUUCUGGGGACCAAAAUCAUCCCUUCGUAGAUUUAAAGAUGGUUCCAUUAAUCACUGUUGUCUAUGGACGACUUCCAGUUCUGAGCCUGUCAUUUCAUCAAUUGUUCCAUUUAUCAUAAGCAGACAUAUUUCUGAAGCUAUCCAUGUUGAUAACAUUAUAACUAAAAAAUUCCAAAAUUUGCUACCAUUACCAAACUUGGCGGCCAGUUCAAAGACUUCUGUUCUGAAUAUGACAAGUUUCUUCAAUAUAAAGAAAUCAUUCGAUGAUUUAUAUAAGAUUAUUUUCAGAAUGAAACUUCCAUUAUCAGUUAAAUCUAUUUUACCUGUUGACACUUCAUUCAGAUACACUUCAUUGUGUCAACCUGUCCCAUUUGCAUAUUCUGAUCCAAAAUUCUUCCAAAAUAUAAUUCUUGAAUUCGAAACCUCACAAAAAUGGCCGGAUGAAAUAACUUCCCUGGAAAAGGCCAAAACUGCAUUUUUAUUGAAGAUAGAAGAGCAAUUGACUUCAGAACAUGGUACUAAGUAUAAAUCAUUCUUUGCACGUGAUGAAUCCAUCCCAUUUAAUUUAGACGUCACUACACUAAAUAUUUUGACCCCAGAAGGUUAUGGUUUCAAAUUUAGAAUCCUAACCGAACGUGAUGAAGUUCUAUAUUUGAGAGCUAUUUCUAAUGCUAGAAAAGAAGCAACACCAGCUUUAGAGAACACCUUCCUAGAAUUUACAUCAACUUACCUGGCUUCUAUCAGACACACCAGAACAAUCGAGAAUAUUUCCCAUUCAUACCAAUUCUACUCUCCAGUUGUUCGUCUAUUUAAAAAAUGGUUAGACUGUCAUUUAUUAAUGGGCCAUCUUAAGGAUGAAUUAAUUGAAUUAAUUGCAAUGAAACCAUUCACUGACCACUACCCAUAUUGUAUCCCAGGCUCUGUUGAAAAUGGUUUCUUAAAGAUUUUAAAAUUCAUCGCCCAAUGGAAUUGGAAAGAUGAGCCUUUAAUCUUAGAUUUAGUUAAACCAGAUGCUGCCUAUGAGGAUCAAAUGGAAGUUAGUAUCGGUGGAUCUGAGAUCAACUCUGAAACUAUGAAAAAAUUAUCCGAAAAGCUAACACUUGCUCAAUACAAGGCAAUCCAGUCUAACUUCCGUAACUUAAGAAAAGAUGACCCAAAUGGUAUUCAUCUACAAUUCUUCGUUGCAUCAAAGAAUGAUCCAAGUGGUAUAUUGUAUUCUUCAAAUAUUCCGCUUGCCAUUGCAACCAGAUUGACGGCUUUAGCUAAGGUUGCGGUUAAUUUAAUUCAAACACACGGUUUAAAUAGCCAAACUAUCGAUUUACUUUUCGCCCCAGGGUUAAAGGAUUAUGAUUUCGUAGUACAUUUGAAAGUCCCAAAUAAAUUGAAGAUAUCUUCUGGUAUUAUUACACAGUCAGAAUUUAAGAAUUUAACAAAUAUCGAUGCACCAUCAUCAUUCCCAACUGACUUAAAUGAACUAAGCCAAAAGAUGGAUCCAACAUACCAAUUAGUGAAAUAUUUGAAUAUGAAAUAUAAGAAUACUAUGAUUUUUUCAAGCCACAAAUACAUUGGUGUUAAUGGUGGAACAUAUGGUAAUGAAAAUGUAAUUACUGGCUUAAUCAAGCCAUUAUACAAGAAACAAAUGAAAUUUAAGGUUAAUAUGGAUUGUAACACUAAACCAGUUGAUGCAGAAAGUGUUAUUUUGAAUAAAGAAUCAAUUUACCAUGAGAUUGCAGCCUUUUCCAGCGAUUUAAUUGUAAAAUUUGAUCUAGAUUAA